AUGGCCGUUCAGUGGCUGAGCCUGGUGGCUGCCAUCUGGCUCCAGUCCAUCAACGGCACAAACUCCAACUUCCCGGCCUACUCCUCUCAUCUCAAGCGCUCCCUCCGACUCUCCCAGCUCCGCCUCAACAACCUCGCCUCCGCCUCCGAUGCCGGCAAGCUCUUCGGCUGGCUCUCCGGCGUCGCCGCCUCCCACCUCCCCCUCCCCGCACCGGCAGCGGGUGUCUCGACUGUGACGGCCAUCGGGGCCAUGACGGUCCCGAUGUGCAUGGCCUUUUUCCUGCUGGCGAUCAGCCGCAGUGACGUGGCGCUCUACUUGUCCACGGCAGUAAUAGGUGUCUGCACGGGCGCAAUAACCUCAGUGGCCGUGACCAUGACAACGGAGCUCUUCGGAGCUGUCAAUUUCGGAGUGAACCACAACAUCGUGGUGCUUAACAUCCCAAUCGGGUCGUUUGGGUUCGGGUACUUGGCGGCUUUGCUUUACAACGGGGCAAGGGCAAAAGGGGAAGAUAGCUGCGUGGGGCAAGCGUGCUACCGGACAACGUUUGUGAUUUGGGGUUGUUUGUGCGUGUUGGGGUCCUUGCUGGCAUUUGUUCUACGUUGGAGAAGUAAAAAGGCUGCGCGGUCUUAG